AUGGACUGUACGGGUGCUUUGCGCCAAAAGCACCCAUACAAAUUCAGCGGUAGUGCGGGUGCUUUGCGCCAAAAGCACCCAUACAAAUUCAGCGGCAGUGCGGGUGCUUUUGGCGCAAAGCCCCUAUACAAAUUCAGCGGCAACUAUGCGGGUGCUUUGCAUCACCACAUGGACUGUACGGGUGCUUUUGGCGCAAAGCACCCAUACAAAUUCAGCGGCAGUACGGGUGCUUUUGGCGCAAAGCCCCUAUACAAAUUCAGCGGCAGUGCGGGUGCUUUUGGCGCAAAGCCCCUAUACAAAUUCAGCGGCAGUACGGGUGCUUUUGGCGCAAAGCACCCAUACAAAUUCAGCGGCAGUGCUGGUGCUUUUGGGAAAGCACCUGCAUCACCACAUGGACUCACCCAUACAAAUUCAGCGGCAGUGCUGGUGCUUUUGGGAAAGCACCUACACUACCAUGAGGCAUUGGGAGCUGGUUGUACUCGUCAGACGAAUGACGGUGGGUAUGGAUGCAACUGUGGCGAGCUGAUGCACGGCAGAGCGGAACCGGGCGCUCGCCAUCCUCUUGCGAUGUUGAAACCGCUCGUGGGAGAGUGGUCACGUUCGUUUCUAGGCGGUGGCGGUGACUCAGUCGACGUGCAGGUCGCGGCUGAAGCUGCUCAUGCUGCGUCGACGAAAUGCACCGCCGAAGGGGGGGACGUUCUUUCGUGUCUCGUACACGUCCUCGCGCUGGUUCCUGUCGCUCUUGUCUCCGCAAUCUUUCCGGUGUCCCUCGCGGGGAGAAUAGGGGCAGGCCGAGAACAAAGAAGCAUCGCCGAGUCUCUCUUUGACACUUGGCGGACGGCAGCGACAGGGAAGCUCGUGUCGGCCGACGCUGGUGGAGCCGACACGCACCAGAUGGGCCAACUGCCGCUGGAGUUCAGUACCAACAUGAAGGCCAUCGCCGUGGCAUGUGUCCUCAGGUUUGAAGGUGGAAGUGUGGCAUCUGACUCUUGGCCAAUCGCCCGCGGUCGCAACUCUCAACUGGGCUCGGGGCUCGACAGUCUGGCCAGAUUCGACGCUGAACUUGUCAGGAUGCAUAUUCAUGCCUCCCUUCAUGGUACGGUGUACUCGUGUAGACAACUGGCGCUUGGCUUGUAUCACUGCGCACCCCGGGAGCCGUCCACCCCCCCCCCCAGACAAGCAAGGCGGUGCGAGGUGACGCAAGGCAGGGACCAAACAUGA